AUGAUUAUUUGCCUUUCUGGAUUUGUUAUCGCCGGAAGCAGCCCCGGCGCCAUGUCCUCAUACGCGAGGAAUGAUAUGGCGGGCGCGGGUGUUUACUCGCCGCAGCACCUGCAGCUGCUGCAGCAGUUGGGGCGCGUGGCCAGCUCCGAGUCGGUGUCGAGCUGCGGCGGGCCGCCGGGCCCGAGGUCGGGCGCUUCGCGCGUGCGAACGCUGUACGCCUGCCUGGGCGAGAGUGACGGCGAACUGUCCUUCGAACCCAACCAGAUCAUCACCGACGUGGUCCCCUCCGGGGAGCCGGGCUGGCUGAGAGGCUCGCUGGACGGCAAGAGCGGGCUCGUGCCCGAGAACUACGUGGAGCCUCUACCGUGA